UCACCUACGAUGACCCAAUCAACGCUGGUUUCAGCAACGACGGCUGUCUACGUCAAGUAUGACCCCCAGGAUCCGCCUCCGCAUCCCGGGCUGUCGUGGACUCGCUUCGUAUGUAUUUCCGACACCCACUCGCAUGCCUAUAGAGUACCGCCUGGCGACAUUCUCUUGCAUGCGGGUGACCUCAGCGCUGGGGGUGCGUUCAAGCGACUCCGAGUUACUCUGAACUGGCUCAAAACCCUUCCCCAUCCCGUCAAGAUUUUGAUUGCAGGAAACCAUGAUCUGUGCUUAGACGACGACUGGCAAGAAGGCGGGCAUUGGGCGAACGUAGCGGGUGAGACUGUCGGGACAAAGGACGCAGUUGCUGCUCGACAGCUCAUACGCAGUGAAACCUUGCGUAAGGCAGGGAUGCACUACCUAGAGUUUGAGUCAAUAGACAUAACCACCCCGGCCGGACGGACAUGGAAAGUGUACGGGUCACCGGCUGCGCCACGCUACUCAUGGGGCGCAUUCCAGUACGAAUACAAUGAGGGCGGAGAUAUCUAUGCCCGGAUACCGGAGGGGACAGAAAUACUGCUGACGCACACACCCCCGUACGGCACCCUGAACAAAACGAGGAAAGGCACUGCGGCCGGCUGCAAAGACCUUGCUAAGCGACUCGCAAGUGAUGAUCUACAGCGGUGCCGACUGCAUGUCUUUGGACACAUACACGAGUCGCAUGGUGCCGUCCUCCAUGAGGGGAGUGCGGAACAUUCGUGCGAGAGGGUCAGCGUGAAUGCCGCGCUCGCCUACGGCGGUCAGGCGAUCAUCGUCGACCUGAAGAACUAGAGGAAUCAUCAGUUCCAUUAUGUCUCUUGUGCAUCCCAUCUGUACUGUGUCAAACACCAUGUAGACGAUAUACAAACGGAGCGUGGAAAUGAGCGACUUGUGUGUGACCGUAGAUAACUUCGAAACCAGCAAUCUCACCGUCAGAUCCGAUGCCCAAUUUUGCGCGCCUACGAGU